AUGGACUCGACCUCGACUCCGGCGUCAAGCUCUCCCGCUCCAGCACUCUCCGAGGAUAUUCUAACACUUCCAAACGUUCUCACGAUCUUGCGACUAGCUUCCACUCCCUUGCUGGGUUAUCUCGUCGUUCAAGGUCACAUGGAGCAUGCAUGCGUGCUGCUCUUCGUAUCUGGCCUGACGGACGUGCUGGACGGCUGGAUAGCAAGGGCAAGAGGAAGCUAUACAGUCUUUGGAAGCAUUGCUGAUCCUGCUGCGGACAAGGCGCUCAUGACCGUCAUGGUGUUGGCUCUAGCGUACCGCGGUCUAUUACCAGGUGAGUAUGUCUCAUCGCCAACGACGUAGCUGCGGCAGUUCCACUGACGCGCAGGCCUCGCUCUCGCCUUGCAGCUUCACUCGUCGCACUCAUUCUGGGUCGAGACAUUGCGCUGGUCAUCAGCGCUUUCUUUGUCCGGUACAGAACGCUUCCAGAACCAAAGACUUUUUCGCGCUACUUCAAUCCUCGCUUGCCCUCCGCCACAGUCACACCGACGCAACUUUCAAAGUACAAUACCUUUCUUCAGCUAUUACUGGUGGGCGGGGCGACGCUCUUGCCGAUCACUCCCGAGUGGUUUCAAGAAGCCUCGCAAACGCCAUGGAACAUUUACAUGGCGCUCGUCGCCAUCACCACGGUGUGGAGCGGCGUGGGCUACUUGGGAGGCGGUGGAUCUGCUAAAUUUCUUGGCAACAAGGCGAGGGAAGUCGCUGCUAAGCGGUUCAAGGGCAGCAAGCAGGAUAAGUCGUGA